GGGAUCGAUCAUGGAGGAGACGUUCUCAAAGCGUCUCCAUGUAUCUGGCCUUACACCUGCGAUAAAGCCGUCUGACCUCCAAGACCGCUUCGGAAAAUUCGGCACAGUGAAGGCACUGGAUGGCUUCGGACUGCUUGACGGCUUGGGUCAACCGCGCCGAUUCGGAUAUAUCACACUGGAGGCGACGAAGGCUCAGCUUUCCCGCUGCUUGACCCUGAUGAGCGGGGUCACAUGGAAAGGCGCAAAGCUACGCGUUGGCGAAGCCAAGCCGGAUUUUCAGGAGAGGCAUGGCAUUUUCGCUGCAUCAUCCGAGACGUACAUACCGAGCUCACGUAUCUACUGCUUCAGACUAGAAAAGGAACGCGCGACCGAGGACGGCGACGAUGUCCGGCCCAAGAAGCGACGAAGGUUAGCUCGGGGCGUCCAAGGCGUUCACGCCGAAAACAUGGAUCCUGUUACACCCGAAAACGUCAAAGCUCGCCCCGGCUGGCGCGUCACGGUUUCCGGACGCUUGGUCAGACCGAUCCGAAUCCGGUCUGCGCGACCGCUACCAGAACCGCUGUCCGCAAAAAUCGCCACCGCCAAAUCCGGAAGCUCCAAGGGAAAAGAGGUGAAAAAGAAGAAGAGGAUAAAACCUCCGCCCGUGCGUGCGCGCAGACGUACGAUAGACCCCACGCGCUGGGGUUCCGAACAUUUGAAAGGCGCUUUCCUAGGCGAAGAAACGACGCUCCCUAGCCCACCCGCGUCGACGAGCUCCGAGGACAUUGUGAUAGGUUCCGCAGAAGAAGACGACGAAGGCGCGGAAACUGAACCGGACGAAGAGGAGCCGCAGCAGACGGUCGCGGUAGCGAACGAGAAGGCAGAGAAACCUUCUGCCGACGCUUCGACGCAUACAACCCAUGCAGCGCCCGCUAUCGGUAAUGCGAUUCAGGAGGAGAAGCGGGCGACAUUGAGUCUUCUACGAUCCAUGUUUGACGAGACGGAAGACGACUGGGGCGGCGCAGAAGACGUCGAGUCAAACGUCGACGUUGGAGAGGGGGAAUACGACGAGGAUAGCGUGCCUGCUCAACCGAUGGUCGUCGAUCGGCCAGACGUCACGACCGGCGCGAUAUCCAGCACCGUGGAAGAUGUGGCACCCCCGGUAGGCGUUGAGCCCGAAAAGUCUGAGAGACAGGCGCCGGUACAGCGUCCCAACUUGAAAGAACUGUUUGCUCCCAGGGAAGAAGACGGUAGGCUUCUCUCUCAUCGGGGACAGACCAGAACCCGUCGCUUAUCACGAUGGAAUCACUUCACAGCUGGGUUCUCACUCCUGGAUCAGCUCGAUAUCGACCUCGAAAUGGACCCGGACGUGGACUUUGGGGCAACAUCUCGUGAGCAUGACCGGGGCUCGCCCGUGCCGUCGUCCGCUCGCGAGAACGUCGCAGAUGUGCCGUCGGCCGACGUGCGGCCGCGGAACGACGGUGUGUUCGUGCCCGAUCCCAAGGAGCCGCUAUUCUUCCCUGCGCCGGAGUCGGUGCGAAGGGGACGUGGUGGCGUCAAGGACAUGUCGGACGUGGCGCGAGAAGGCGGCUGGGACUGGCGGACGGCGUUCUACAGGACGGAGACGGACGAGGAGUUGCGCCAGCAGUGGGAAGAACAGAAGGGCGAGUUGACGCGGACGUGGAAGAGGCGGCACCGAGAGGCGUUGAAGAGCCGGCGGCGGCGGGGAGGCGGGGAGGAG